AGGCCUUUACAAGAUGAUCAGAUUAUGGAUUGCACUGCUCUUUGUUAAUCGAGGAUCUGCACUCGUUCCAGUAACUACAGCUCACCUCGGGGGACCUGUAACCUUCACAUGUGUUCUACCCAAGACUGAGACUGGCCGCAGAGACAUCCACUGGCAUAAGCAGAGUCUUGGAGACACUCUGAAAAUAAUAUGGACACUAAAGGAAUCUGCAACACCUAGGUUUGCACCUGAAUUUGAUAACUCAAGAUGGAAGGCUUAUUAUGAUAAAAAUGUUAGCAACCUGACGAUUUUGAGAACAAAUCAAGAGGAUGAGGGAAUCUAUCACUGUGGGUUCACAGAGUGGCUCCAAGAUACUACAUGGACGGGGACAUAUUUGUUAGUAAAAGGAAACACCCAGAGGAUAUCAAACUAUACCGUUGUUCAGGAGAAGACCAUCCGUCUAGGAGACUCAGUGACUCUCCAAUGUUCAGUUCUCUCCAGCUCAGUUAAUAAGACAUGUCCAGGGGGUCUUGAGGUAUUCUGGUUCAAAGAAGGAUCACAUAGAUCUCAUCCUAGUAUUAUCUAUACUGAUGGAAACGGACAUCAUGAAUGUGAGAAGAGAUCAGAGACUGAAAAGAGCUGUGCGUAUCGCUUCUCUAAGAACGUCAGCUCCUCUGAUGCUGGGACUUACUACUGUGCUGUGGCCACAUGUGGGGAGAUAUUGUAUGGAAAAGGAACUAAACUGGACAUUCAAGGGUGCAGCGUGUGGUCACAGAGUGCCACUACAGUUAUUUUUCUGCUGUGUCCUGUACUGGUUCUGAUUGUUAUUGCUGUCCUCGCUUACACAAUCAAGAAAACCAACACUGCUGUCCUGGAGAAAAACUUUGGUGAUUUGAAAAGCCAACAGAAAAAGGACACAUUGAUGUUUUCUGCUGUUGUGUUUACGAUGAUGAAGGCUGACAAAUACAAAAGACAGGAUGCAGUGAAGCGGCAGCAGAUCUACAUGGCUGUCAAGGCUUUUGGACUGGAUUAG